CCCCAGCAUCGAUCUACUUCUUCUUUUUUUCAAAAUUUGUCAAUUCUCUCUUCUCUUUCUAGGAGCGACGAGGAGAAAGGGAGGAAGAGAACACGACAGCGAUGGCGAUGGCAAAAGGAAAGAAGAUGAUCGACUCCGACGAUGGUGGCAAUGAAGGCGGCGAAGGUGGAAAGAGUAGAGGGAAAAGAAAGAAGGGGUUGAGUGAUUUCAACCCUCACCGGCGGUGAGGAAGUGGUUCCGCCGACGGUGAAAGGUUCUGGUAAGUUUUGGACAUGCAUAUAUCUUUUGGGUUCGAUUGGUUGUUUAGGAUUCUGAUCGCAGUUUCUGGGUUUCUUCUUUUUGGGUCAGUCCGAGGGGAGAAGAAAGAGCGAACAAAGGAGAAAGUGAGGUCACCGCCGGCGAGCAAUGGCGGUGUCUCCGGCGGCGGAGGCAGACAGGACCUGGUUUGAGAACAAGAAUAGAAUAGCUACUGAUCCCAACUAUGGGUUGUUGGGUAUUGGCCAAAGAAGAGAAGGAAUUGGGAGAGUGAAGUUUUUGCAUGGUCUGUGUCUGAAGAAAGACGUAAAAGAGAACAGAUUGUCUUUGUGCUUUGUAAGAAAAAGGAAAGAGUAGAGGAAGAAAGUUGUAUGUAUACGAGGGAGAAGAAGAAAGAAGCCAAGAGUUUUGUUGUUUGCAUUUUGUCUUCUGUGUGUAAGAAGAAGAGGAAUAAGAAGAACCAGAAAGCAAAUGGAUCGGCCCUUGGCAGGACGCUUGGGGGAAGAAGAAGAAGAAGAAGAAGAAGAAGAAGAAGAAGAAGAGAAGCCUUCACGGGAAGCUUGGGGGAGAAGAAGAAGCGAAGUUGUCGCACUCCUCUCUAAGAACAAAGGGUUCUUUUAGGCUAACUCCAAUGGAGCCUCUAUAUUUGGGGAGCCUCUAUAUUUGCGGAAAGUUGGCUCCAAUGGAUCCUCUAUAAAUGGAGGAGUCUCUAUAUUUGGGGGAGAUAUCCAAAAGGAUCCCCAAAUUUGGGGUGGAAAUGGGGGUUCCCCCAAAUAUAGAGACUCCCCAAAGCCGCCACGUGGCGUUUCUUUUUCUUUUUAAGAUUUUAACGGUUAAUUGGGGUUUAAUUAGGGGAUUAGUUAGGAGUUUAAUUAGAUCAAUAAUUUUCAAGUGUUGUGUGUAAACCCAAAUUAGGUCAAUCAUUUUUUGUCAACAAAAAUUUGGUCUCAAAAUUAAAAAAAAAUUCUACCGGAAAAUUUGUAUUUGAAAAUGAUGACGAACUAUACAAAAAUUAACAUGAACAGAUUAUAUUAAGACUUCGAUAAGUAUAUUUUUAAGUAAAUGGAAAACUUAAAA